AUGCUGGCGCGCCGAAGCAUGGUCGAGCCCGCUGCACCAUCGCCGCCAAAGUCGCCGCACCGGCGCCGGGGCAACUCGGUGCAAAGCGUGGACUCGCUGGUCGACGCGAUGAAGGCCAAGCAGAUCGCCAAGCCGCACCUCUCCAUCUUGACCGAGUUCAUCACAAUGAGCCCGAUCUCACUGCGCUUCAGCCGCGCCAGCAUCGAAAAGAGCUUCCUCCUCGAGCACGGAAAGAAGUACGCGGCGCGGUACCGGCCGCUCAUGGCCACUAUCUGCGGCUUUAUGAGCCUCGCCGGUGCCGUCGAGUGCCAUAGCGGCAAGGCGACGCUUGGCGGUCUCAAGCUCGCAGUCGCGGCUAUCGCUGGCGGCCUCGCUCUCGUUGCCAAGCAUAUCUUUGACCGCCGAUCGCUGCUCGUGCCUGUCUCGGGUGGUGUCGUCGUCGCCGUCUAUGUCUGUCAGAUCCUCGACGAAGGCGCAGACGCGGCCCUCUUCUUGACCGCGAAACGAGGGGGCGUCGGGCUCGUCUUCCUCCUCUACGUAGCCGUGGGCAUUGGCAUUGGUAUGCGCUUCUUGGCGUCGGUGCAGAUCUCGUUUGUGCUCACGCUGCUCGCGCUCAUCAACCUGUGGGUGUCGGCCGUGCCCACGCCGCGAAAAGACCAAGUCGAGUCGACCCUUUACGUUGUGCUCGGCUUUGUGUUUUUCCAUUUUGCCAUGAUUCGGCAAAUCGAAAUUCAUGAGCGCCGCGAGUUUCGCUUGAUCAAACGCCUCACGGCCGAGAACGUCCAAGUGCAAAUGCAAAUGGAGAAUUUCUCCUUGUUUGCCCACGGCAUCAACGAUUCCCCACGCGCCAAGUCGGCGCUGGUCUCGCCCGGUGGGCUCUUCUCACCGACCAACAAGAUUCACGCCAACGACGUCGAGCUCUUUGACACGAUUGGAUGUGGUGCCCACGGCGAAGUCGUGCGUGGCAAGUUCAAGUCGACCAUCGUAGCGGUCAAAACCAUCAAGGGCGAGGUCAAGGACGAGUACAUUCGCGAGAUGGGCGUCGAGUCGACGCUCAUGGCGGACUUGCGGCACCCCAACAUUGUCAUGUUUAUGGGCAUGUGUCUCUUCCCGCCCAUGAUCUUGAUGGAAUACUGCUCGCGCGGCUCUGUCUUUGACGUCCUCCACGUCAAGUGCAUCUCGUUGGAUUGGAGCCUUCUUUUGCGCAUCCUCUUGGAUGCCAGCCAAGGCAUGGCCUUCUUGCACCAGUACAAACCGCCGAUCAUCCACCAUGACCUCAAGAGCCUCAAUAUGCUACUGGACCCGAAUUGGCGCUGCAAGGUCUCGGACUUUGGCCUCAGCCGCUUCAAGAAGAAGCACAUGAUGGACUCGCAGCACACAAUGGGAAGUAUACCGUGGAUGGCACCCGAAGUCUCGACCGACAACCUCCUCACGGAGAAGGUCGACGUGUACGCGAUCGGCAUCAUCAUUUUCGAAUGCUUGACGAGCGAAAUGCCGUACCCCGCGAUUCCGAUUCAAGGCAUCCCGCACCUCGUCGCCAAGGGCCGGCGCCCGACCGAUUACGCCAAACUGGAAAACAUCCCGUCCGAGCUCGACGGUCUUGUGGCCCUCAUGAAGGCAUGCUGGGCGCCGAGCCCAGCCGACCGCCCCGACUUUGAUUUGAUUGUCGACACCAUCGAGCUCCACGUGUGUCCUGCCUUUUUCAAGGAUGCUACCAUGGCCGACGCGAUCGUCUACCCGCGGGACCGCAAUCAGUCGCAGAGCCAGAAAGAGCAAGACAUUCUUAUGGCCAAUUUGUGCUUCAACAUUAAGGAGUCCGAGCUCGUGCUCGGUACCAAGAUUGGCGGCGGCAGCUACGGCGCCGUGUACGCAGGCAAGUGGCUCGGCACGGACGUGGCCAUCAAACAGCUAUUCCUUAAUGCGCUCGGCGAGAAAGUGCUCAAGGAUUUCCACAAAGAAUGCGACCUCAUGCGUCAAUUGCGCCAUCCCAACAUCGUGCUCUUCCUCGGCAGCAGCGCGCAGCCGCCGAAUCUCUUCCUCGUGACGGAGCUCCUCGCCAAAGGCAGCCUCUUUGACAUUUACCACGCCGAGAGCCGCAUCGAGGAUGCUAGCAAGCACUACAAGCGCGUACUGCAGGCGGCCGCGGACAUGGCACGGGGCAUGGCCUACCUGCACAGCUUGUCACCGCCGCUGAUCCACCGCGACAUGAAGAGCCCCAACAUUAUGGUCGAUUCGCACUGGGUGGCCAAGAUUGGUGACUUUGGCCUCUCGCGCAUCAAGGACGAGACCAAGACGAUGACCAAGUGCGGGAGCCCGCUCUGGGUCGCGCCCGAGAUCCUGCAGGGCCACCGCUUUGCCGAGGGCUGCGACAUCUUUAGCUUUGGCAUCAUUGUGUGGGAGGUCGUCUCGUGGAGCGAGCCGUAUCCGGACAUGAGUUCCAAGGACGUGAUGCGCAAUGUUGCGAUGAACGGGCUGCGCCCAGCGAUUCCCGAGAGCUGCCCGCCCGACCUUGGCCUCCUCCUCGGCCAGUGCUGGCGCAACGAACCUGACGACCGUCCAUCGUUUGCGGUGAUUCUCGACCGCCUCACAAGCAUGCAGCGGGUGCUGUCUCGCGACAUCUAACUCUUCAAACAGCC